AUGCCCCGAAGACAAAUGAAUCCUUUUGGCGGGGGCAGCGCUCCUACCAUCAUGGCAAUGCCUAUGGAGCCUCCUCCCCCAUACACCGAGAAGCCAUCAGAUCUCAAUGAUAUAGGGUCGAAGAUGUCUACUCCUAAGAUGAAUAAACUUGCCAAUUUCUUCGCUACGAUUCCUCGAGCAAAAUCCGAAUCCCAUACUGCGGCGACGGCAUUGAAACUGGCAGCUGGUUCGCAACAGCAAUUGAACUCCUCACCGCAGCAUAUUAGCUCCCCUUCUCUCUCUUUGCCGACCAUUUCCCUCUCGACCUCUCAUACAGACGCUGGCCCUACGACGCUUUGGUCUCCUCCGUCUCAAGCAGACAUGCGCAAAAAGGCAAAAGAGCAUGCUCAAUUUGGCCCACUUGGUCACUCAUCACACAGAUACACCAGUCGCCAUGUGGGGAAGGAUUUUCCAGAACCUGUCAUGGAUGAGCCUCCUUACUACUAUCUUCUGACGACUUACAUCAGCUAUCUGAUCUUGAUUGCGUUCGGGCAUGUUCGGGACUACUUUGGAAAGCGUUUCAGGCCUCAGCAUUAUCGUCACUUGCAGGCAAGAGACGGAUAUGCACCUCUUAAUAGUGAUUUUGACAACUUUUACGUCCGGAGACUGAAGAUGCGGAUCAAUGAUUGCUUCGCAAGACCUGUGACGGGAGUACCAGGUAGAUUUAUCACACUGAUCGAUCGCCAUUCUGACGAUUUCAAUCUAACGUUUCAGCAUACCGGGAAAACAACCGAGACACUGAACAUGAGCUCUUACAACUAUCUAGGUUUUGCUCAAUCCGAAGGCCCAUGUGCGGACUUCGUAGAAGAACAGGUCAAAAAGUAUGGGAUUACCGUUACAAGCCCACGAAAUGAUGUUGGUACCACCGAUCUGCAUCUUGAUGUUGAGAAUCUCGUCGCAAGAUUUGUAGGCAAGGAAGCUGCCAUGGUCUUCUCCAUGGGCUUCGGCACAAACGCAGUCGCCUUUCCAGCCCUGAUAGGCAGCGGAUGCCUUGUCAUUUCUGACGAACUGAAUCACGCCUCUAUCAGAUUUGGGACGCGUCUAUCAGGGGCAAUGAUCAGUAUGUUCAAACACAAUGACAUGAACGCACUAGAAAAGGUUCUCCGCGACUCUAUUGCCCAAGGACAGCCAAGGACACACAGGCCAUGGCGAAAGAUUUUAGUAGUUGUCGAAGGCCUGUAUUCUAUGGAAGGUUCUAUGUGCAACCUCCCCGGUCUCAUUCGAUUGAAGAAGAAAUACAAAUUCAACCUCUUUGUCGACGAGGCGCAUUCAAUUGGUGCUCUUGGGCCAAGGGGUCGAGGCGUUUGCGACUACUUCGAUAUUGACCCUUCCGAGGUUGAUAUUCUAAUGGGCACGCUUACAAAGUCAUUUGGCGCCAAUGGUGGAUACAUUGCAGGGAGUAAAAGCACGAUUGCGAAGUUGCGACUCACAAAUGCUGGAUCAAUAUAUGGAGAAUCCCCUGCUCCGCCGGUGCUUGCUCAGAUCUCAUCAGCUCUGCGCAUCAUCGCUGGCGAUAUCGUGCCUGGGCAAGGCGAGGAAAGGUUGCAAAGGUUGGCUUUUAACUCCCGGUAUCUGCGUUUGGGCUUGAAACGCAUCGGAUUCAUUGUUUACGGCCACGAUGAUUCUCCAAUCAUCCCCAUACUACUCUAUAACCCUGCCAAGAUGCCAGCUUUCUCCCACGAGAUGCUGAGCCGAAAGAUAUCGGUCGUCGUUGUGGGGUAUCCUGCGACACCUCUAGUAUCUUCGAGGGCCCGCUUCUGCGUGUCUGCCGCACACACAAAGGACGACCUCGACAGGCUCCUGAACGCAUGCAACGAGAUUGGCGACCUCCUCCAACUCAAAUUUUCUUCAGGCAUUGCAGGAGGCGCGAGACCACUACCUGAGGGUGUCACGCUCGAGAUGGAACAAGAAUGGAAACGAACUGCGAAACCGAAGGAAAUUGCGGAAUAUCAACGUCCACGUUGGAGGUUGAACGAAGUGGUGAAGAAAGGUGUACAAGACGUCAAACUCCCCCUUCGCUGA